AUGUCAAUGCGAAUGCCGGUUAUAACCAUCCAAUGUGAUUGGAAUGAAGUUGUGAGAUUGCCAAACGCUGAAGCCUGGAUAUCUUCAAAAGAAAUUAAUAAAAACAGUAUUCACGAUAAACUAACAACAACUUGUAGUGAAGGAAAAAUCAAAAUCAAUUUUUCAGGAAAUUAUCAAUUCGUUUCUCUUAGUCCCCUGUGCUUGGUUGUCAAUCACAUUGAAUCGGAUCUCAGGGUGGCUUUUGUGGCACCAUCUAAAGGUCAUAAAUUACAUAAAAAGGGAGUACUGUCUGUGUCAGUUGCUGAAAACGCGUUAGCAGUGUCUUCAUGUGAAGAAGAUAAACUAUUAGUAUGGGACAGUAGAACAAGUGACGUUAUCUUAGAUCUAAAAGGGCAUGGAGGUCCAGUCUAUAAAUGUAGAUAUUUUCCAUCUGGCAUUGUUAUAUUAUCUGCUGGAGCUGAUGGGUCAUGUAGAAUUUGGUCAGCGGAAUCUGGUAUCAACCCUGUCACACUAAAAGGCCACACCAUGGCAGUCACUGAUAUAUGUAUUGUUGAAAAGGGAAGAAAUGUUAUAUCAGUAAGCAAAGAUGGUUCUGCCAAACUGUGGGAUGUUGGUGAAUCAAAAUGCCUAGCUAAUAUUGUUGUAGAAUUAGGACAAAUAAAUUCCUGUGCCGUUACCACCACCAGUGAUGAAGUUGCAGUAGAAAAUGAAAGAGAGGUUGGCACUGGUAACAAGCUGCUAUUGAUUGGAUGUGAAAGCGGUCGUAUUGUUGGCGUGCAUGUGGCGAAGAGGGAGAUAGUGUUCUCCAAACAUCUUGAUGCUGCUUGUAAUGCUGUCACAGUUGUCCAAAAAGCCAUUAUUGCUGGCUGUAGCAAUGGAAAGGUAGUGCUAUUAAAUGAGCACAACGGGUCUCUAUUGAGAGAAUGGCAUGAAUCUGCUAACCCUGUGAUGAGUUUAGUGAGUCUACCCAAUCAAUCGUUUAUUGUUGGACGACAAGACGGGACCUGUACCGUCCUAUCACUCCAAGAAGCCUUCGAUAAAGUCAGGGUUCAGCUAACAGGGUCUGAUUGUGAUGGGAUACGGGACUUAUCCUUUAAUGGCAAGUGGAUAUUUGCAGGUUGUAGAGAUGCUAUUGUUCGGAAGUAUGAUUUUAAUCAAAUUAAUGUACAUUUCAAAUGA